AAUCAUCGUAUUGUUAAAUGGAAAUUGGAUUCAAAUGAAGGUCAAAUUAUUGCAGGUGGAAAUGGACAAGGAAAUCAAAAUAAUCAAUUGAGUUGUCCAAGAAAUAUCAUUUUUGAUAAAGAAAGUAAUUCUUUUAUUAUUUUUGAUUAUGGGAACAAACGCGUAAUUCGAUAUUCUGAUCAAAAUCAAAAAAAUCAACAAAUUAUUAUUUCAAAUAUUGAUUGUCAUGGUCUGACAAUCGAUAAAAAUGGAUUUAUUUAUGUUUGUGAUUAUGGAAAAAAUGAAGUAAGACGAUGGAAAGAAGGAGAUACAAAAGGUGAAUUAGUUGCAGGUGGAAAUGGUCAUGGAAAUCAGCUUAAUCAACUGUCUGAUCCUACUUUUAUCUUUGUUGAUGAUGAUUAUUCUCUUUAUAUAUCAGAUUAUGGGAAUGAUCGUGUGAUGAAAUGGACAAAAGGUGCAAAAGAAGGAAUUAUUGUUGCUGGUGGAAAUGGUCUAGGAAAUAGUCUCAAACAAUUGUCUUUUCCUCAAGGAGUAAUUGUUGAUCAUUUGGGUCAAAUCUAUGUUGCAGAUCAGUGUAAUAAUCGAGUAAUGCGUUGGUGUGAAGGAGAUGAAGAAGGUGAAAUUGUUGUUGGUGGAAAUGGUGAAGGAAGUCAAUCAAAUCAAUUGAAUUAUCCUAAUGAUUUAUCAUUUGAUAAUGAAGAGAAUCUUUACGUUGCUGAUUCUUUAAAUAAUCGAAUCCAAAAAUUCGAAAAAAUUAUAAAUUAA